GGAACCUCCCAAGAAUUGCGCAGACCUGUACCUACUUGGGGCUAGAGCUAGCGACACGUACCACGUCGGCUACCCUCAACCUUUCCAGGUGUACUGCGACAUGGGGACGGACGGUGGCGGAUGGACGGCCGUACAGCGGCGGCAGGACGGGUCGGUACCUUUCAACCGCACCUGGGACGAGUACGUACGGGGCUUCGGCCACGUGGGUGGAGAGUUCUGGCUGGGGCUCGACCACUUGCACAAGCUCAUCGCACCGCAAGACCACGAGCUCUACGUCUAUUUGGAAGAUUGGGAGGGAGAGAGCGCGUUCGCAAAAUACAGCGAAUUUUCUGUGGGGAACGCAGAGAGCAAGUACACGGCUACGAUCGACGGCUAUAGCGGCAACGCAACUGACAGUAUGACUGAUACUGGAGACAACGGGCGGCGCAACAUGAACAACCAAAAAUUCAGCACCAGGGACCAAGACAACGACCUUAACGAGAAAGACGCCCACUGUGCGGCAGAAUUAGGACAGGGAGGUUGGUGGUACCCAAACAGCUGUGGUCAUGCAUUCUUAAACGGACAGUAUCUGACCGAUUGCAACCCUAAUUGCCCGCGUGCCCAAGGCAUUGUCUGGAAGACUUGGAAGUCGUAUGGCUAUAACUACUCCCUGAAGAAGACAGCUAUGAUGAUCAGGCCUACAGACUUCACACAGUGUCCAAAGCUGGAAUAUGUCCGUUUCAACCACAACGGCGUCUGCUACAAGUAUUUUGAUCAGAAGAAGACGUACGAUGACGCCAAGAAGACGUGUGCCGAAGACGGGGGGAUGUUAGCCAUGCCGAAGGACAAUGCGACCAACACGUUUAUCUACGGGCUGGAAGACGACCGGGACCGUUGGAUCGGGCUGAGUGACGCCGACAGCGAAGGGAACUGGGUUUUCGAGGACGGACAGACCCUCGAGUCAACCGGCUUUUCUAGGUGGAAACGCGAUAAACCAAAUGGUGACGAAGAUGAAAACUGUGUCGUCUUAAAGUCAGGGGAUCCCAAGUGGGAUGAUCGGGAAUGCAACGAUGAUGAGCGAUUCAUCUGCCAGCUAUAUCAAGGGGCCUGCCAGAAUGGAGGUACAGUGAUACCAGACCGGUCGGUCCCUGGAUGGUAUACCUGUUCAUGCACGCGUGGAUGGACAGGAAUACUUUGUAAAGAAGAUGUGGACGAGUGCGCUAGGACGCCCUGUCAAAAUGGUGGGACGUGUGCGCAAGGGACGACGGGAUCAGGGGCGUACAACUGCGCAUGCGCUGAGGGAUGGGCGGGGCACAAUUGUGACAGGACCAGAGUGUAG